AUGCUCACGGCGGCUUUUGUCAUCUCCGCGGUAACGACGUCCCCGAAGCACGGUUCCGAGAGGUUCUCCUUGAAUCCGCCCCGGGGAGGACUGACCUCCCAGCCCACAAUGGCCGCGGCCCCGGAACCCGAAGGACAGAAAGCACUUGCGGUACUCAAGGCAGAAGAGCAGCGCUGGGGACGGGACGCCGUCUCACCCAGCCACGCCCCUCACAGGAGGGAGGUCUUCCGGCAGCACUUCCGGCAGCUCUGCUACCAGGACGCGCCUGGGCCCCGCGAAGCCCUUACCCGGCUCCGGGAGCUCUGCCGCCAGUGGCUGAGGCCAGAAUGCCACACCAAGGAGCAGAUUCUAGACCUGCUGGUGCUGGAGCAGUUCCUGAGCAUUCUUCCCAGGGACCUGCAGGCCUGGGUGCAGGCGCAGCACCCGAAGACGGGCGAGGAGGCGGUGACUGCGCUGGAGGAUCUGGAGCGGGAGCUGGAUGAACCGCGGAAGCAGGUCCCAGCCAAUUCAGAAAGACAGGACAGAGUUUUGGAAAACUUGACCCCCUUGGGAAGACCCCAUGAGUCACUGACUGCACAGCUCCAUCCCAAGAAGAUUCAGCAGGAGCAGGAAUCUGGGGAGCCCCAAAGGAAUGGUGAUAAAACCAGAACUAAGAAUGAAGCAUUGUCCCAGAAGGAAGAUUUGCCCAAGGACACAGAAUUCCUUGGGAAGAUAAAUGACAGACUUAACAAAGACAUUCCUCAACAUCCUGAAUCCAAAGAUGCUAUUGAAAGUGAGGGCAGAUUAGAGUGGCAGCAGAGGGAAAGAAGACGCUAUGCAUGUGAUGACUGUGGGAAAAGUUUCAGUCACAGCUCAGACCUUAGUAAGCACAGAAGGACUCACACUGGAGAGAAACCAUACAAAUGCGAUGAAUGUGGAAAAGCCUUCAUUCAACGUUCCCAUCUCAUUGGACACCACAGAGUGCACACUGGAGUGAAACCCUAUAAAUGUGAAGAAUGUGGGAAAGAUUUUAGUGGGCGCACAGGUCUUAUUCAGCAUCAGAGAAUCCACACAGGUGAAAAACCCUAUGAAUGUGAUGAGUGUGGGAGGCCCUUCCGUGUAAGUUCAGCCCUGAUCAGACAUCAAAGAAUUCAUACAGCAAAUAAGCUUUACUAAGAUGGUGAAAUAACAGAGGUUUUUAGCUACUCAGCUCUCCUUCAUUAUCAGAGAAUCUGCCUUAGGGACUGUGAGUAUCCUGAAUAUAGGCAAAGCUUCAGUCAUCAUUGAACAUUUCUCUGGCACCAGAGAAUCUACCUGAGAAAAUUUCCUUUUAUUUCUAAAUUAGUUCAGUUUCUUAGGAAGCAUUAAGGUUAUUUCAGAAAGCCUUGUCUGUUAACAGAUUGCUCCCUUGCAGCCCAAAAUAACCAUGUUUCUUGGUUGAAAGAUAGUGAAUUCUACUUUUCAGCUUUCCUUUUUACUUGACUAUUCUGUGUAUGACAUUAGGCAAAACAGUCACAUUUUUCUCUGCCUUCAUUUCCCCCUUCUGUAGAGGACACAGUAGAGACCCACCAGGUAUGUUGUAUUAAGUUAGAGCUGCUUUUGAAAUUAAUAACUAAAACAAUACUAAGUAUUUAUUUUCCAUCACUACUGAUAUAAUGGCCAUUAUAAUGUAUAAUCAUUUUGUGGAAUUUGUUUGCCAAUGCUAAAAAAGAGGAAACUACCAAAAAAGAAGCAGGGUAAGGAAAACAUUCAAGUGGGAAGGAAAGCAGUAAGUGAUGAGUAGGAGCUACUGCGAAGAGGGAUGACCUUAAUGAGGAUAAAUCACUCCUCUUCUGAGUCUCAGGGUCCUGGAAACUGAGAGACGUGGGGAGGGAUUGGUCCAGAACUGCACUGUCCAAUGAAGUAGCCAGUGCCCACAUAUGGCUGUAUAAAUUUAAAAUUAAUACACUCAAAGUAGAGAAUUCUGUUCCUUAACCACAUGCGGCUAGCAGCUACUGAACUGGACAGCACAGACACAGAUCAUUUUUAUCAUGGUGGACAGGAUGCUGCUGUCCUAAUCAAUCACCAGUAACAUGUCUUCCAGCUUAUAUUCUGUGUGAUUCUGAGUUCGGGAAGGUAGUAAAAGAGACACGUGAGGAGACUGUAGUAGCAACAGGAGAUAAAAUACAAACACUCUAAGAAAGGAAUUUAGUAAUAACUUUAUGGCACUUUUCAGCCUUAAAAAAGGAGUAUAUUAUAAUUGGAAGACUGAAGAUUAUUAAAGUAAAUACAAUAACAUCAUAAUCUAAAUUAAAAGCUUAAAUUACUGGGCGCCUGGGUGGCUCAGUUGGUUAAGCGACUGCCUUUGGCUCAGGUCAUGAUCCUGGAGUCCUGGGAUCAAGUCCCGCAUCAGGCUCCCUGCUCGGCGGGGGGUCUGCUUCUCCCUCUGACCCUCCCCCCUCUCAUGUGCUCUCUCUCUCUCUCUCAUUCUCUGUCAAAUAAUAAAUAAAAUCUUUAUUAAAAAAAUAAUAAAUAAAGUUUCAUUGGGCGCCUGGGUGGCUCAGUUGGUUAAGCGACUGCCUUUGGCUCAGGUCAUGAUCCUGGAGUCCUAGGAUCGAGUCCCGCAUCGGGCUCCCUGCUCAGCAGGGAGCCUGCUUCUCCCUCUGACCCUAUCCCCUCUCCUGCUGUUUCUCUCUCUCUCUCUCUCAAAUAAAUAAGUAAAUAAAAUCUUAAAAAAAAAAAAAAGCUUAAAUUACUACCUCAUCUCUAAAACAAGAGUGUAACUACCUUUACAAAGUAGCAUUCCAUCAGAUACAUAUGCUGAUAAGAAACUGGGACUCUCAGGAGUUUUAAGAUAAUAAACAGUCCAAUUUUUUUGUUUGGCUUGGAAAUGCAUUAGCAGUCCAUGUGCUUGCAACAGUUUUACAUCCCUAGUUUGAGAAUACUAUAACAUGACAGAUAUUGUGACCAGAGGCCCAGCACAUUCAAAUGUACACCACCAUCAAACCACCAUGAAUCACUGUUCUAGGAAUAGCCAUCCCCAGGACAAGCAGGAAGGGAUCUAAUCUCUUCCUGAAGACAGGAAUUACACACACUUCUGUAUUGUGACCGAGUAGUUAAACCACCACAGUGCUUUCUGUGUCGUUACUACUGUUGGAAGAUGAAUCUUGUAUCACUCCUUGUAACACCAUAAACUGAACUUUUAUGUCUUUUGAACGUAAUACUGCUUUUUAAAAGAAAAUAAGUUUAUUUUGAUUGUC